AUGACAGCAGUAGUCUCCCUAGAGAAAGCUACCACCUGUGGCAGCGACGGGAAUGUCCAGCACCUGAGCUGUGAUGACGGAGUGAUCAGUGUGCAAACAGCACUGUAUGGACGUGCAGACGCUGUGACCUGCAGUGAGGGAAGACCUCCGGCACAGCUCGCCAAUACACACUGCUCUCAAGCGGGCACAGUGGACGUCAUCAAGAAAAGGUGUGAUGGCAAGAGGGAGUGUGAACUAAACAUCAACGUUUUUUAUACCUCUGAUCCCUGCUAUGGCACCUACAAAUACCUGCACACCACCUACACCUGCAUCCCAGCAAAUCAAGGACAGGUUAUAUUUGUGUAUGGUGCCGACUAUGGACGUCGUGACCAGACCACCUGCAUUUACCAACGGCCUCCCAAUCAAGUUCAAAAUAUCUACUGCUCAAGCCCCACAGGCAAAGUUGCUGACAGCUGUAAUGGAAAAAACAGCUGUACCAUCGCAGCGAGCAACUCUGUGUUUGGAGACCCCUGCGUCGGCACCUACAAGUAUCUGGAGGUGCUUACACAUGUUAUUAGAAAAGAGGAAAAGUGA